AUGUCGGCAGAGCCCAAAAAACCACGAUUAGACGAUGAAAAUGUGAGUUUUCUUUAGUAAUUUUCAAAUAAAAUUGAAGUUUUCAGGUUUCCCUUGAAGAAAAUAAUGCAGAAACUACUGGUUGGUUCGAUAUUCCCUAUGAAAUGAGGAAAAUUGUGAUCGAUGAAAUGGAUAUUGAAACUCGCUGUAGAUUUGCAAUUUGCUCCAAAAAAUGUGAAGAAGAGGCGAAAAUGUCGCAAGAGUACUUAAAAAGUUUGAAAAUCUGUCGAGGAACUCAUCCGGAAUUAUAUAUUGGACAUGAAACAUCUGGUUAUCAUUAUUGUAUGGAAUUUUUGGCUGUCAGUAAAUUGACUGAGAAUACGACUAUUGUAAUUUAUAAAACGUAUGUUUAAAUACUAAAUAACAUAAUUUUCUAUAUAAAAUUUUGCAGCACCGGCAACAGAUUGAAUGCAGAAAAAGAUAAGCGAAAAAGAGUUAUGAAGUGGUCAAAAAUCUAUGAAAAUGAGAAAGCGGAAGAUGUUAGAAAUCGAUAUUUGCAUGAAAUAUUGGAAAAACAUCACAAAUCUAUUGUCAAACUUUCAAUCGAUGACACAAAAUUUGUUUUGAAAGAAGAAAUAAAUUUGAAAAUGUUGAAAAACCUGCGAAAAAUCUUUGAUAGAACUGGAAGAGAUCUAAUAGAAUAUGAAAUAUUGGAUGUAUCACAAAUUCUUCGAGCAAAUAUUGUGCGAGCUCAACGAACUAAUUUGACAAGAAAAGAUUUGAUGGGAUUUGAAGGAACUUUGUGUGAAAUUCGAGUUUAUAAUAUGAGUCUGAAGAGUCUUGCGGAAUUUGUGAAAUCGUUGAAAACUGGAAAAUCUCACAGGAAUUUAAGACAUCUUAAAGUCUAUUGGAAAGAACAUAUUUGUGCAGAAGAAGUGGCAGAUGAAUUGAAUAUUCCCUAUUUUUCAGAAGGUCAAGAUAAUGAUGAUGAUGAUGAAAAGUGAGUAAUUUGUUAACUAUAUUUCGAAUCACAUUUUUGUCAUUUUUCAGGGGUUGCUGGUUCAAUUUCGAUAUUUGUUACGAUGAUAAGAAGUUCAAGGCAAAAUUCAGUUCGCAUGGUGAUCAUUUUCGAAAUUCGUGUUGA